CAACCCGAAUGCUUCUUGGCGUCAGUAUCAAAGAUGGCGGCCAAACAGGCAGAGAAAGAGCCAGUGAAUCCUGUACAUCAGAAUAGCAUUUUAUGUGAAACAAUUGCGAAAGAAAACAGAUGUCAAAAACUGUACACAAAUUAUGGAAUAAAUCCAUUCCGGAAAAUACAUGUCAUAGCUGGCAAACCAAACUCGAUGCAUGAUACUGCUGAAGGAGAAGAAGAUGAUCAUUUUCGGCAAGUUAUCAAAAGGGCAAACCAAGAACCAGUAAAAAAAUACGCUUUCCCACAAACAGAAUCUCAAGAAUAUGGCUGGAUUAGUCGACCAUUGAUAGAACAUGAAAAAUCAGACAGACGUUUAAAUUUUCAUCGUCACUGCUCCAGUAUAACAAAGUACAUGGACAAGGCAUGGAGUCUAAAAGCUGAACCAGAAAAACAACCAGCCAAAUGAUCACUCUUUAAAUGGUGAAUAAGGACUAAAAACUAAUCUUUUUGUCUACAGAGUGAAUAUCAUCAUGAAACAAAAUCUUUUGUGUGGACACCUGAGUUGCAAUAGUGUACUUUAAAAAACUUACUCUUUGAUCAAACACUAGGACAUUGAAAAAAAUUCAUUUUACUUUCACAGUGAAAAAUAUUGCUCAGGUAAAAUAAUUAUGUCAUUGACAACACUUAAGUUGUAUUUAUAAACACUUUUUAGUGAAAUCAUUAUUGUUUAAAAGGAAAAUGUAAUUAAUGCAAGAAUAUGCCCAAUUUUUCAAAUGUUAUUUUUUAUGUUUUACAAAUAAGUCCACAUAGUGAUUUUACAAUGAAAUGUGGCUAUUUUAAAAAAUUUUGUUUUUAAUAAAAGGUAAAUAAAUAUAAAUUUGUCAUUAUUAUUCUAAUAAUGAAUUGGUUCAGUUAUGUGACUGGUGAUUCAUUGAAGGAUAACAAAAUCAUGUCAUAAUCGCAUUAAAGAAACAACAAAAACUA